AUGGAAGACUACUCGAUAGGUGGUCUGCCACCGACAUGCUACUAUAUCCACAGUUUCAUUACUCCAACCGAAGAGCAACACGUCAUCAAGGAAAUUCAGAGGCUUCCGAAAUCUCGAUGGACUGUUCUGAGUCACCGACGACUCCUGUCUUUGCCGUCGCCUCUGACCGGCCCUUCUCGAGACACUCUUAUUGCUGCUCCUCUGCCGGCAUUCCUCAACUCGGUCGUCAGCCGAUUGAAAGAUCAGAACAUUUUCGAAAAUUCCGUUCAUAAAGCUCCUAAUCAUGUCUUGAUCAACGAAUACAAGCCCGGGGAAGGAAUCAUGCCGCAUGAAGAUGGCCCAGCAUACCAUCCAAUCACUGCGACAAUAAGUUUGGGUGGCCACACUGUGCUUGAGAUCUACAAGAAAAAUGAACACGGAGAGCGUGAGGUCAAACCGACUUGGCGCAUUUUGCAAGAACCCAGGAGCUUACUUGUCACCACUGGGGACAUGUAUGUUGACACUUUACACGGAAUUUCUGAGAUUGCCACGGACGAGGACCUGGACCCCCAGAGUAUCAUCAAUUGGAACUUGCUCGGCAACAAAGAUCUCUAUGAAGCUGGCAAAGCUGAUAGACAAACAAGAAUAAGUCUCACAUUACGUGAUGUGAUUAGAAUCGCCAAAGUUGGAGGCGCCAUGAAAUUCAUUACCAAAAGGCCCUAG